CCUGCUCUGGCUAAGUGGAGAGGACACUGACACACACACAUAGACACCAGCGCUCAGAAGAGUACUAGAACAACCACUUGUGUUCACACACUUUACACCUCGCUGAGCAUACUAACAGACUCUUUUUCACACAGAUUGUGAGGAGUUACGUAAUUUCUGCGCCUACUUCAUGUGGGAAGGAGGAGAGACUGUUUAACAAGAAGUAAACAGCUGAGAAAGUUGCACUCUUAGAUUGUCAUCAUGAAGUUACAUGUGGCACUAUUUUUUGCUGGGCUCUUUGGUGCCUUGGCAACUCUGUUUAUUUUCUUGUCUUUUGGCACGGACUAUUGGCUCUUGGCAUCAGAGACCUGCAAUUCACAAUCAAAUGGUCCGGUUACUUUGCAGCAAGGUGAUGUUAAACAAGACCAGAACAUUACCUUUCAUCAUGAGGGCUUCUUUUGGCGCUGUAGCUUUAAUGAAACCACGAAUGAGGACGAUCUGUUGAAGUUCUGGUUUGAAAAUCUGCCACAUGCGAGGGAAUGCAAACCUGCAUAUCUUCUCCCCUUUCCGUUCCCUGACCAGAUCUACAACACUACCAGCUAUCAGACUGCCAUAAUCUACAGAGGCUUCUGGAGCGUCUCUAUGUUGCUGGGUUUGGCCGCUGUGGUGGCCGGCGGUUUCAUUAUUAUUUGCGCAGCUCCAUUCGCCAGUCAUCGCCUUUAUAAAGCUGGAGGUGGACUCUACCUCAUUUCUGGUUUCUUCCUUCUCGUUGUCACUGUGAUGUAUGUUUUCUGGUUUGAUGUUUUGGAUGUAAUAAGCUCCUAUAAGGUUUAUCAGAAGUCGAAGUGUGAUGAUUUUGAGCUCAAUAUGACUUAUGGCCUGUCUUUCAUGUUUGCUCCUGUGGGUGUGUUCUUCUGUCUUCUGUCAGGUCUUCUCUUCCUAGUGAUUGGCCGUACAGUCCAACAUCAUUGUAACUGAACCUCAUGAAUGGUUUCAAAACAGUGCUCAAAAUGCAUUAAAGGGAUUGUUCAUUACAAAGUGAAACUUUAGUCAUCGAUUACUCACUCUUAUGUCAUUGAACACAAAAUAAGAUAUUUUGAAGGUUGUUUUAUAACCAAACAGUUGACAGUAGCCACAGUGUUUUUUCCAUACUAUGAAUGUCAAUGGCUGCUGUUUUCAUAACUGUUUGGCUACCAAAAAUAUGUUACAAUUUUUGGGUGAACUAUCCCUUUAAUUAACGGCAACUAAACUCUGAAGUUGUGCUGACUUUAUUGCAAGGUGGGGUGUUAUUUUUAAAUUUAAAUUUCGCAAAUAUGACUUCAGUAUUUGGCCAUCAUGUGUGCUGUGAGCAGUACUGUAAACAUUGAUCAUGGAUGGUUUGGGAACACCUCGUGUUUGUGUGAGUAUAGUAUUGCACAAAGCAAUAAAUUAUGUUUAAUAUGUCUAUUAGGAACCUCUGCAU